GACCAGCCACAAGAAAUAGAUUGCCCUAAUUUUUAUCUUUGAAGUUCGAAACCUCCCAAAAUUGUGAAGCAAAAAGCUGAAUUUCCUCUCACAAAUAAAAUUUUCCUUCAAUUUUAGUGUUCUGCGAGGCUUAAAAUCUCGUCGGGUUUUCAGUUUUUGAGGUAUUUCUGCUCAAUCUCAGUCACACCCCAAUUUUGCUGUUCCGGAUAUCCUCGUUUUAUUUGAUUUCUUCUUCGUUUCUCUUUUUUUCUAAAGAAAGUUCAUCUAAAGUCUACAAUUGGGUUUCUCCCUUAUCUUUCAUAGCAAUCCUGGAGAAUAGUUCAUUCUAAUCCUCAUCUGGUUCGUGCUUGUUAUCAUUUUGAUCUUUUAUUACUCAGGUGACUCAAUUUUUUCUUGCUUUGUACUAUCCAUCGAUCCAGGGCUGAAUAAUUUGGCUAACUUCUGGUCUUUUGGGGUGUGAUUGAAUUGGGUUUUUUUCGUAUGUCUUCUGGGUUUUCCCAAUUUUCACUUUUGUAUACUCCUGAAUUCUUGAUUGUAGAAUUGAGUGAUAAUUCUGAAGUUAUCUAAGGUCGGGUUUGGAGUUUUUUUUUUUUGCGUUUGAAUAUCGAAAUCAAAGAUCAAGAAAGAAUUAUAUGGCAUUUGAAUGCCAUCAGGAUACAGAAAUUGGUUUAAAAGACACUUUGUGGAAUUGCUUUGAUAAUCCGCAAACUCAAAAACCCAACUCAGAUCAAGUUGUUUUGAUUAAUAACAGAAAAGCUGAAUCAUUAGGGACUGAGAAUCUGCAGAACGAGUCAAAAUCAAAUCUCAAAAUUGGGAUACCUUUCACUGAAGUUUUGUCAAAUCAUUGCCGUUCGCUCGGUGAUCUUCCUCCAGCAGUGAUAUCUGAAAUUCUUAAUUUCCUUGACCCAAAAGGACUUGGUAUUGUGUCUUGUGUCAAUACAUUUUUGUAUAGGCUUGCUUCCGAGCACCAUGUGUGGCAGGAGUUCUACUAUGAGAGGUGGGGCCAUCCAGUUACUGCAGUCAAUUUGGGCCCAGGAUAUUCAGAUGAGAAGUCAUGGAAGGAACUGUUUGUGGAGAGGGAGUUUCGGAGCAAAACUUAUUUGGGGCGUUAUACCAUCGAGACACUGUCUGGGCACACCGAAGCUGUUAGGACUGUUUUUGUGUUGGUAUCUCGAAAGCUUGUGUUCACCUCGGGAUAUGAUCAGGUGGUAAGAAUGUGGGACAUGGAAGAAGGUUUGUCAAUUGCAUCAUCCCGACCUCUUGGCUGCACAAUUCGUGCAGUUGCAGCUGAUACAAGGCUUUUGGUUGCCGGGGGUACUGAUGGUUUCAUACAUGGCUGGAAGGUGGAGGAUGGGAACCCUAACUUGUUUGAUCUUAGGGGGCCUCAUAAUCAGAAUAUGGAAUUUCGAGUUUGGGAACAUGAGGGUCCCAUAACUUGUCUUGCAUUAGAUUCUAGUAAGAUGUACAGUGGUUCAUGGGACAUGACCAUUCGUGUUUGGGAUCGUUCUUCUUUGAAAUGUCUGAAGGUCCUUGUGCAUAAUGAUUGGGUUUGGAGCCUUGUACCUCAUGAUACUACAAUUGGGAGUACAGCAGGUUCAGGUGUUUACAUUUGGGACACUGAUUCCGGAACUCAGCUUGCUGUAACUAAUAGUGCUCAUGUUGGUAACACGUAUGCUUUGGCACGAAGUCACACGGGGAAGCUUUUGUUUACCGGCGGAGAAAAUGGUUCUAUACACAUGUUUGAGAUCACCAGAAAUGUUAAGUGCAAUAUGCGGAAGAUUGCAACUUGGAUUCCACACACUGGGCCUGUUUAUUCUCUUGCAUUUGAGUUCCCUUGGCUGGUUUCAGCUUCCAGUGACGGGAAGAUUUCACUUAUUGAUGUCAGAAAAUUGUUGAAGACAAGCAGACAUUCUUCAACUCAAAACACCUUUAAGGGUAACUAUUUGGAUCAAAAGAAUGUUGAACCCCCACAGAGAAUGCUACAUGGGUUUGGCUCCAAUUUGUUCUCAGUGGCCAUUGGCUCUGAUCGGAUUAUCUGUGGUGGUGAAGAAGGUGUCAUCAGGAUCUGGAACUUCUCACAAGCUCUUGAGAUUGAGCAGAGAGUCCGGAGUUUGAGGGGUAUAAGGCUCGAAAACCGGAUGAGGCGUCGCAAGCUCCAAACAGAAAUGAGUGCUAAAGGUAGUCAAGGUGGGCAGUGUUCAGUUGCUGCAAAGAAGAACCAGAUGAGCAGCGAUAAGAAUAGCUGGCACAACAAGCGUAGAGUAAAUGGGAAGCUGAAAGCAUAAUCGUAGAUUCUAGUUUCUGAUGGUUAUACACCCUAUCAUUUUAGUCUAAUUGGCUAUCUAUGUAUGAAAGCAUAGUCUAGUUGCCUUUUGUAGUUUUCAGCUUCUUGCUUACACCAAUGUUAAGAUUUCAAACAGAAUGUCUGAUUGUUCUCUUUCCGUUGUUCCUUUUAACAACGAUUAACAUUUCUGUGUAUGCUUUGUCUUGGCUCCUACUGUCUACUUGUGGCUUUGAAAGUUUGGCAA